AUGGUGAAAAGCGUCCCUAGUGCCCCACACCCCGACCAGGCCGGCAGUGCGCCCCUCACCAGCCCGCGCUCAGGCAGCCGCGCCCUCACCCCUGGCCGACCCCAGGAGCCUCGCUCGCCCGCCCCGCCCGCGGAGCAGCCCAGCUCCCAGCGCGCCCCGGCGGCUCCACCCUCCCGGCGGGGCCGCAGCCAUCUGGGGCCCCUGCCACCGCAGCUGAGCGCCCGGCGCUGGGAUGCCCCGAGGGGGCGGUGGCCGGGAGCCGAGCACUGCCGGGAGCGCUUCGCGGCGGACGUGGGCGCCCCUCGCCACCUCGGCGACCCUUUGGGAGCCGGGACGCGAGUCCCCGAGGCAGCGGCGCGGGUCUGCGAGGGCAGCGAGGUUCGCACCCCUAAUGUCCGGAGCUGGCCGCCCACACCCUGUGUGCCCUCGGGGGCGUUUCCCCAGGGGGCGGUCUCCGGACCCCGCAGUUUAGCGUGCGCGGCCCCUCUCGUUCUAGCUGUCUCCCUUUCCCCUUCUUCAGGACAAGAUCUUCAGCUGGAAGGGGGUGCCUUGGGGUCCUGGGGGAGUACCCCCCUACCCUCCUCCAGGGCCAGGGGACCAGCAUCUUCAGGCAGGAAAUACUCAGACCAUUGUGAGGCCCGGGCCUCCAGGCCUGGAAAGAGCCGCAUCCCUGGCCGUGACCACCGACGCUACUACCACGACCACUGGCGGCUGGAGUACCUGAUGGACUUCAAUGCUGCCCGGCAUGGCAUGGUGUGCAUGGUGUGUGGCAGCUCCUUGGCCACCCUCAAGCUCAGCACCAUCAAGCGGCACAUUCGCCAGAAGCACCCCUACUCCCUGCAUUGGAGUCCCCGGGAGAAAGAAGUCAUCAGCAACAGCUGGGAUGCCCACCUGGGGCUGGGGGCCUGUGGCGAGGCCGAGGGCCUGGGGGUCCAGGGGCCUGAGGAGGAGGAGGAGGAAGAAGAAGAGGAGGAGGAAGAGGGGGCCAGUCUCCAAGCUUGCCCACCCAAGGGCCCAGGCAAAGCCUCAGCUGGUGGGGGCUGCCGGCGCCUGCGUCGAGGGGGCCCAGUGGCUUCCCGACGCCGGCGACGACUCUCUGCCUCCCGAAGGGCCGGGGGCAGCAGGGGGCUGGGGGCCCGGCGCCUGGAGCGGAGGCUGAAGGAGUCCCUGCAGACCUGGUUCCGGGCUGAGUGUCUCAUGGACUAUGACCCGCGGGGGAACCGGCUGGUGUGCAUGGCUUGUGGCCGCGCACUGCCCAGCCUGCACCUGGAUGACAUCCGUGCCCACGUGCUGGAGGUGCACCCCAGCUCCCUGGGGCUCAGCGGCUCGCAGCGCAGUGCUCUGCUGCAGGCCUGGGGUGGCGAGCCGGAGGCGCUGUCUGAGCUCACCAGGCCCCCAGCAGACGAUGACCUCGUCCCCCAGGACCUGACCAGAAAGAGCCGGGACUUGCCCCCUGCUGCUGGAGCCCCCUCUGGGGAUUUCAGCCGCCCAGACGUAAAGGAAGAGGCUGGCUGGGUCCCUGAGAGGCCCGGGCCUGCAGAGGAGGAGUCGGAGGAGGGGGCGGGGGCGGGGACGGGGGGCCCUGGCAGUCCAUCCCGGGGCCGGGAGCGGUGGCGGCUGGAAUACCUGCUGGAGCUGGACGGCGGCCGGCGCGGCCUGGUGUGCAUGGUGUGCGGGGGCGCGCUGGCCUCGCUCGAGACUAGUGCCGUCGAGCGGCACGUCCGCCGGCGUCACCCGGGCACCUCGCGCCUCGGCAGGCCUUUCCAGGAGUGGAGCGAGAAGGGCGCCCCUGGCUCCGAGGCGGGGGAAGGGGCGGAGGAGCCGGAGGAGGCGUGGUGGGGCGACGUCCUGCUGUCCCCUGGAGCAUCGCUGGAGAGGCCCGCUGAAGAGGAGGACGAGGAAGAGGACGGCCAGGAGCCGGUGGGGCUGGCCUUCCCGCCGCUGCCGCCCCCACCCCCGCCCCCGCCUCCUCCCCGCAGCCGGGAGCAGCGGCGGAACUACCAGCCGCGCUGGCGAGGCGAGUACCUGAUGGACUACGACGGCAGCCGGCGCGGCCUGGUGUGCAUGGUGUGCGGGGGCGCGCUGGCCACGCUCAAGGUGAGCACCAUCAAGCGGCACAUCCUGCAGGUGCAUCCUUUCUCCAUGGACUUCACGCCCGAGGAACGCCAGACCAUCCUAGAGGCUUACGAAGAGGCGGCGCUGCGCUGCUAUGGCCACGAGGGUUUUGGCCCGCCUGCUCCGGCGCCGCGAGACGGCGGCGCGGACCUCAAGCCGGGCGCCGUGUGCCGGGCUUAAUCGACUCUCCGGGCCGGGCUGGCAGGACAAGCGGGGCGGGGCGCUGUCGUGCUGGUGCUUCCGGCGCCCGUCGCCGCUGCCGCGCCCCCCCGCUGGCCGGGCCGGGCAGAUCUUGGGGCCCGGGGUUCAUGCUACUUGGGCCUCCGAGUUGGGAGGUGGCCUUUGGGGGGCGCCCUCGGCGCGGAAUCCCGGCCCUUCCCUUGCAGGGCCUCGUGGUUUCCCACCAGCCUGAGCCCCAGCGGCUUCCUAAGUGCUAGCGCCGAGCGCUUCCAGCCCCGACCGCACCCACAGGCGCUCCACCACCGGGACGGGAAGGGGGCGCUGUCAGUAUUAGGGCCAAAAAGGGGACAGGGAAGAGCAGGAAGGACGCGCCGGCUCCUCGUCCUGGCCGGGAGCCCAGGUCUCCGUGGCCUUGCCCGCCAGCAGGCGUGGCGCCUGGCUCGGGGCCGCCGCUGCCCUGCCUUCACUCGUAUCCUCGGCCUCUCAGAGGCCCAGACCACACUCUGGGGACUCAGCUGGGGCGGGGCCUGGCCAGCUGCGCCCGCCCCGCGGCUCCGCCCCUCGUGUUGCUGCCCUGCCCGCCCGGGGACGGGGACCCGGGACCGGACCGGACCGGACCGGGUAAAGGGAUUAGCACUUUUUUAUUUCUUGCCCCGAGGGACUCUGUUUUCCCUUAAACUGAAUCUGGCGCUCUCGUCCGUCCAGUCGGGGCACAGGCUGUCCCGGGGUUGGCCUGUAUUCCCGCCCCUCCCUCUACCCCUUUGUGCUCUAUGGACGAGCCACCGGUUCCCAGCAACCAGGGCGUGGGGCCGGGCCUUGGCCUCCCUUUCUCUUCUCUGCAGACGCGCCGGGGCCCUGUGGGGCGGGGAAGGGGCCCCGCGACCUCCCAGGCAGGACCGAGAGGGAUGUGUAGAUUCAUUCUCCCGUGGAGAACAGGAGGCCCCGAGAUCAGGCCCUUUUUGCUCUUUGUAUUUUAUUUUAAAAUUGUAUUUAAUGCUUUUAUAUGAAGGGGGCGGGAGAGAACUGACCCCAUCACCCUUAACGUGCAAAUGUCUUAUUUAUUAUGCGUCUAUCAGAGAUAAGCUGUGAGGAGUUGGAGGAAGGACCUACGUGGAGGAGUUAAGAGGAAGGAGCAGGGGUGGAAGGACACUAAAAUACCCCAUACUCUGGAGCCGCCUCUCGCCUCUCGGCCCGUGUUAGGAAGUCUUUGUGGGGACAGAGCCCUGUCUUACAAGUCAGGAUAGGGAGGCCAGGGGCUGGACUCUAGAGGGGGAGCGGCCUUCUGGCUGCAGAGGCACAGGGAAAAAACGGUAGUACAUCCCUUGUCUCAGGUCACUUGGCCCCAGGCUAGAGCCCAAGGUUCAAGUGCCUCAGGCUCAGUUCCCUUGACUUCCAGAUUGGGAGUUGCAUUUUAUACUAUAGGUUUUAUAGCAUUUUUAUACAAUUCAAGAUUGUCAAGAGUUAGGCAGAACCCUGGAAAUCCCUAGUACCACCCUCCCCUGUUAAGGGACGAAUUCCAAAGCCCAGAAACAGAAAUUGCCAUACAGACAGGAAUAUUACAAGAGCUAGAAUAAUUUUUUUAAACUUCCAGUUCUGUGCUUUUUGCACCAUACCAUACUGCCUCCUGUCUCGAGUGUUGGUACAAUGUCCUCACCUGUUAGGCCCGCCAAGGGAUGCCAUGUGUUAGGCACUGCACGCCGUGCCCUUGUGACUCUUGCAGUUGUGGUGGCAAGGACUGCUGAGCUCUGUAGGGGAGCUCUCCUCACUGUGGGCCUCAGCUGAGAUGGGCCAGCAUUCUCCAGCCAAAGCCUACCCUGCAGGGUAAGCCUCUGGCUUUGUUCCUUGGCGUGAGCCCCCCAGGAACUGGUUGGAAAGUGAAUUCCCAGCGAGUCUGGAGUUCCUGGUUUUUUUCCUGACAGUAUUAAAUUUACAACAGAAACUCAGGAUGGCACCAGGCAGGGCACUACCAUUCUUUUACUUUCCUUCACAUGUUGCUUUCAAACCUAAAAUGAGUAUUUUUAUACAGUGUUUCAAGAACAAGCAGGGCCUGGGGAUGUAGCUAUGUGGCACAGCACCUGCCUGGCAAAUGGGAGGCCCUGAACUCAAUUCCCAGUACCAAAAAUAAAAAAACCAGCAACCUGGGAGAACUGAUUCUACUGACCCAAGCUCAUUGCUGAAGGGUGCAGGUUUGAGUGGAUGUCUGCCUUCAUCAAGACAGCCACUACAGUGGGUUUCAAAGUGUGGCCUCCAGGGGUGAAACCUAGGAACUCGGUAGAGGUAUACAUUCUUGGGCCAACCUGGGCUGGGUGGUGAGCUAGCAAGGCCUGGUGCAGCUUAGGCCAUGACUGUGGCCUGGGGUUAGUUGGUCCUCAUUUCUAGGUGUGCCUCCUCAUGUUGGGAUUUUGAUACGAACAGGUGAAGUUUCAUGAAUUUUUUUUUUUUUUUAAAUGGUAUGCUUGCUAUUAUGGCCAAUAUGUAAAUGUUACUCUGAAUACAUAUUUAUAUACCUACCAUUUUAGUGACAUUAUUUGAACAUUUGUAUGUGUACUUGUGAAGUUGUUUGCAUCAUUUAAAAUUUUUUUCAACCUAAAUUUUCUAAGGUAUGUUGAAUAAAUUUUUAAAAUCCAGCUUGAGUCACAGCAGCCUAAGUUUUGGGGAAGAACUGCAAGGAGUCUUGAAGCAAAAAUGUGCUGUGUGGUGACUUGACUGUUUUAGUGCUUUGUGGCUGCUUGUGGUUCACAGGGUGCGUCACACUGCAAGCCAGGAACCCUCCCCAAGCUGUGUGAAGCUGAACCAGACCCUCUGACUCCCUCCAUCCUUAGCAUUCUGAGUUUGCCUCUUAGAGGUCAUCUAUUUUCCAUCAGAAACCAAACUGCACAGCUGUGCUCUAUACUAUGGAAAUCCUGCAAUCUUGAGAAUCCAUAUAAAUUGCUUUUUAAAGCCCCUGAAGUGAAGAGGAUGGGGAGAGUGGAAGCCUUGUUCAAGUCUUACUUUACCUGAAAUAUGUAUAAAGAAUAAAGUUAGGAGAAUGACACCACAGUCAUUGUGUUUUUUAUUUUUAAAUUAACCACAUCAAUUUGCAGUUUACAGGAACCAAGAUUCAAGCUCCUUGGGCGCUACUGUAUUUUUAUGUUGCACGCACAGACACGCACACACAAUUUCAUUAGUAAUUUGUUUAGAGGUUUUUCUUAAAAAAAAAAA